GACUCCAAGAAGGCCGCCGCCGCUAAGAACACCAAGGUUCCUAAGAAGAAUCGGUUGCCGACGACCGCCGCCGCUUGAGAUUUUUUGCGUUUCGCACAUCACUUUUUUUUUUUUUUUUUUUUUUCUUUUUUCUUCGUCGUCUUGGACUUGCACAUGUCCGGACAGUUUGACGUUCGACGGCACUCUUUUUCCUGUCCUUUUUUUCCGAUUCUUAUCCCCUCCCCCCUACCCCCCCUUUUUUUGUUUUUUGUUUCUAUAUUAUUUUCUCGGCGCGGCCUACCGCACCGUUACCUAUCUAUCUUCUAUCUAAUACUCAACCUACACGAAGAGAGUAAACCCACGUGGGUAGCCAGCUAUUUUAAUUGCGAAUCAGGCACAUUCGAGACGGGGGAGGAGGAGGAUGACGUUAUAAGGAGGGUAAACUCUACCUGGCUCACUACCUGUAUUGUUCUUCUAACUAUAUUCUAUACCGCGAGGAUGGAGGUUGAUAUAGAAAGACAGACAGACAAAGAGGGAGAGGGAGAGGGAGAGAAAGCUUGUGUCUUGUUUUUUUUUUUUUUUUUUUUUUUUCCUGAUAUUAUUCCUUACGCACCUAUCUAGCGCUGGUGUGGGAUUCGGGGGUUAAGGCCAAGGUACACGGACGAGGGCUACGAAAACGAUAUUUGGCGGAAAAGGGAGGGAGGGAACAGGAAUGGUAAAAACAUGUUCAGUCUGAAGAAUGAAUGAUACCACAUUGCGUACAUGCAUGGCGCAGAACCUAAUCUUCCAAGCUCGUUCUUUCUAUUUUCUUUUCUUGGGCAAUCAAGCAUCCCAAGACCUUGGCUGGCUCCCAAGUGAUUUCAUGGCUUUGAUUAUCUCUCUCUAUUUGGACAGUGCCUGUAGGUACCUA